ACCGGAAUCAGUCCAAUCCCGAGCACCCCGGAUAAUCGAGGUUCUAUGGUAUUUGUUUGUGUAGAAUGACCUUAAGCAUUUCGGUAUCGUUUGUGAAUCAAUGUGUAGCCGUGAUCUGACUUUGAAUGACAGCUUGCGGAAAGAGCGCCAAACAAUCGCGAAACAAAACUUGUGACAGCUACACUCGAUGCGCUCACGUAAAUAAACUAGCGCUUUUGUAAAAGCGAUUUUCUACCUACAAACAAGUAUUUUCGGUAAACAAGUGACGAGCAAAAUGUCGGAAGACUUUGAUAUAUACGCUGAUCUAGAACAUAUUGAAAGAGAAGCUAACAAGGAGAGCCAGGAACUUUUGGCAUUAAAAAAACACAUUGCAGAACUUCAACAACAGGUGAAAGCAACAGAACAAGAGAAAACGGAUAUCAUCAGAAGGAAUGAAAUAUUGCUUGAAAAUGUGUCAUCGCUAUUGUUGACUGCCAAAGCUGAGCUUAAGAGAAAGGAUACAAUGAUCAGUGAUCUUAGGAGGCAGUGUGAUAAUAUUGCUUUCGGCCGUAAAAACCACGUUGAUAGAAAUGUUAACUGUGCGAAUAAGUUUACUCAAACGUCGGUAGCACACACACAAAACAUUGAAGGGGCAAUGCCAAUAGAGUGUAACGAUCGUUUGCGAAGCAAAAGUAAAAACAUUGAUGUUACAGACCCGAUCCAGCACCGGGAUCGGGAUCGUGAACGUGAAAGGUUGUGCAAAGAACAAGUGUUCCAAGAUCGAGAACAAAACCACCGUCGUGAUAAAUCGCGCAACAGGGAAAUCGAUAGACACCGUGAUCAGGAACGAAAUCGUGAUCGAUACCGUGACAGUGAUAGGGAGCGUGAUCGAUACCGUGACAGUGAUAGGGAGCGUGAUCGAGAAAGACACAGCGACCGGCAUCGCAAAAGAUCGCAAGAACGCAACCGUCCCAAGGAACAUAAGCGCUAUGAGCGCAUCAGCGACAAAGAAACAUAUGAAGUUAUCCGUAAAAAAGACCUAAAGCACAAUGAUGAUCGUACAAGGAAGGAAGAAAUGUACACACCUGCCCAUAGCAGAGCGAAUGAAGCUGGUGAAUACAAUAAGAAUAAUCCUAUAUGUUCCGAAAAUAAACAAAAGUGCUUGGAGAUUCGCAGCGAAACUAGUAAAGCGAAGAAUAGUCGAUCACAAGAGCUCAAAAAUAACAAGAAGCCUGCCAAAGUGGCGAAUACACAUGCAAAUCAUAUGGCACAAAAAAGCAUAGCUGGUCAGAUGAAAGAGUUUGUUCAGGACACAAUGGAACGGUCGGCCACCAAACCAGCAACCAGUGAAAGCGAUCUUGCAGUAGAUGAAUCGUUUCAAUCAACAGAAUUAUUCGACACUAACAGUAAAGGACAAGGAAUUCAAGUGAUUUCGGAAUUUAGGAACCAAAAUGUCGUCGAUACUAGUACUUCGAUGACGCAACUUAGUAGCAAAUCUAUGGAUAGUGACAUUCAGAAAGAAAGUGAAGCAGUAAGUAAAUCUAGUAAACUGUCUACUAAACAGCAACAAAACAAGGAUUCAAGUACGGCAGCAAACAAAAUAAUUGAAAAAAGCAAGAAAAGCGACAGAGAUGACCAAAAGAAUAUUCCAAAAGCCCAGGACAAUCAAAAAGAGGUUAACGUAAGUAAUCAUCAAUCGCAAAUACCACAAAGUACAGUGGUAACGAUAAGUUUGUCAACAGAUCCAAUUGUAACAGCAUCGAGUACACAUUAUAGACCCUUUUCGGCAGAUGAGCGAUUAAAUACAAACGGUGAGAAGGUAGAAGUAUCGGAAUCUACAGUAACGGAUAGCGAAACAUCAAAUAGUGGAAAGGUAAAUGAUGAAACGAAUUGUAAUAAGGAACAUAAUACAGUUAUUUCCGGUAAGGAAACCGUUAUUGGGCUCAUCGCAAAAGCACCAGCAAGUUUAAUUGAAACCAGCGGCACUAAUGUUGAGUUUAGUUCGGGGGAUACACGUAGGUUUCUCCUAGAGGUAAUUCGCCAUGAGGACACAACGGAAAGUAGUAAGGGACAUCGUUCAGUCGUUGAAGCAAAAAACAUUCAAACUAACGAAUUAGAGAAGAAAAAAUACAAGAGUAAAACAUCAUCAAAAAGAAAAUCGGAACCUGAACUUGAAGUAACGGAAAAUCCUGAACUGAAGGAUUUGAAACAAAAUGAGCUUUGCCAAAAUACGCCAGCAAACGCUACACAACUAGUAACGAUUUCAAAUAGUGAAAAUGAGGUGCAAAUUUCGAACCCUGGCCAAUUGAAUACGUUUCACACAACACGCAGUAUUGAGAACGCGAGCCAUGCAAACGAAACGACAAACAUUCAAGAAUUUAGAAGCUCGGAACCAAACGUGGAUGGCACUUGUAAUGAAAUAGGGAGUGAAACAGAUCAUCAUUUAAUGAGCGGCAAUUUGGAAUCAAACAGUAAGUUGACGUUACUUAACGAUGCGACGAAGAAGUUAGUAUCAGAUGAGUCAACUAUCCCGAAACACUCUCCAGCGACGUCAGUUAUUAGUGAAGCGACAAACGACAAGCAGCAGAUUCAUGAUGCUAUUCCCUCAAAUGAUACUAAUUCGCAUUGCUUUCCCCUGCGUGACAGACGUUCCAAUAGUUGCUAUUCUGAUGUGUUGCAAGUUGGAAAACAUCCACCACAAGCAACAAUGUCAAUUCAAACAUAUUUUAUGAAUUUCAAUGUCCAAGAGGUUGAGAGUGAAGUGAUCUCCUGUAUUGAACAAAGUUUGCCCACACAGUGCGUUGAACCGAUCGAUGAAAGUGGAUCUGCAGUAUUGAGAGAAGCGUCUGAUGUUGUUGAAUUGGAAGAAGCUGAUCAUAUAAAUGAGGUCCAAAAGAAACCUAAAACAUCUACUGCAGAGAUCGUACGUGAGCGGUUACGAAAGAAGAAUAGUGCAACUUUACAGAAAGCAUCGCAUCAUAGCAGUGAAAUACCUAUACCUAUGAUUCCUUUAAAGCGAAGAUUAUCUAUCGAUAGUGCUAACAUAGCGAGCAAACGAUACAAACUAGAAACCGACACACCUUUGGAUGGGAAUAAACUCUCCGUUUCGCCAUCUGGUAAACUUUCGUCGACGUACUUUUCGCAAAUUGCUUUGCCAAUAACUUCUGCACUAGACAGUAUUCCGAGAAAGUUAAAAUCGCCGAAUGUUAAACAAAAAGCUCACAGUAUGCUUAUGACCCCGAUGGUAGUGGUCCAUUCGCCAGCUAAGCCGUCGUCCGACACGGACAAAACUGUGCAAAAUAGUUACUACACUUUGGAUGAUCAAUCAUCGCUGCAGAAUAUCAUGGAUUCGCUGUUACAAACCCCAAUUAAGCAUGAAUCAUCCGAUAAUGUUUCACCUCCGUGCGCAAAUGGUUUGGACGACGAUGAAGACAAUCGAGAAAACAUUGGAACAACAAAUAACGAAAAGUUGAUAAUAUAUUCCACUCCUCUUAGCACUAAACCGUUGUCACGGUUUUCGCGCGAUGAUGACCAGACAAAUGCGUUGUUCCGCAACGCAACUAGUACAGUAGAAGCAAAAAGUACAUUAAAAACGUUUGGCGAUCGCAAAGAGUCAUGCAUUCCUUCAAGGGUAGACUCUGGACGGGAAGGUAAUCCAAAGAAAAUCACAGCUUCGGUACAAGCUGUACGCGAUACUACAUCGAAACAAACAACGCACUUGGUAGACAAAUAUGGUGAAACCUCUAUUGAAUUAUCUGUAAAACAUUCAAAAUCUAGGAAAAGAUGUCAAAGUCCAACGCAUUUGUUAGAUAAUUCUUCAGCAGAUGGUGAUAGUAGCUUUUUAAAUAUAAAUAACAACUGCGAUACAUCAUCGGCUAAAAAAAAGGUCAAGAAAAUGAACGUUGAACGAGAUGUUGGUAAAAGUCCCAAAAACGAUAUUGUCCUCAAACAACAGUCAUGUCAUAUUUCUUCUACUAAUAGCAUCACAACCAAAUUGGCCAACCUAUCAAAAGUAUUUAAAACAGCAGUAGCUGUACCGAAAUCCACACAUUUAAAACAACUAACAGAUGCAACCUCUGCAAACAACAACGAUACAACGAUAGCAAAGGAAGAGAACUACAACCUAGUGGAAACAUUGGGAAGUAAAACAGUAGUGUGCCAGAAACCGACUGUAGAUGUUGUUAAUGCAGUUGAAAAAAUAAGACAAAGAAAAAAUACUCCAAGCUCUAGUAAAUGUACCAAUGAAGAUGAGUUGCGCUUUAACACACCAUUAAUCAACAAUUCUAGCAAUAGAAUUUCUAGCGGAACAUCUGUACAAUUGCUUGCAAAUAUGCAAAUGCCGGCAAGCAAGCGAUCUCGAAAGCAAAAGAAUGAAGACGAAAAUCGUGCUGGGUUAACCGGCAUGCAAUCUAUUGAAAAAGAUGUUGCCCUGGUUAGAAAUGGCACUGAAACAUUAACCAAACACGAAAAAAAGCGAGCAGUGAGAUGCAAUGACACUGAAGUCGGAAAAUUGAAUCCACAGCAUUUGGAAACACAAUCGACUUUACCGAUUAACAGUAUAGACUUGAAGAGGCUAAACGCGCAAACUACAGCGGAACCAUCCGUGCCAGUCCAUAUUGAGUCUAGUACUAGCACUCGUGGUAAGAAAAUAGAAGAAGCCGAACGUUCUCAGUGUGUAGUAAGCAAUGUUACCCUUAACCUAUCACUAGCAGACAACGCGUCAAAUAAUCACAGUAAUCGCAAGCGUGACACUCCGGUACAACACGUUCGAGAAAUGCGAAUAGUUAAAGAAAGUCCCUCCUUAAUGCGAGUUUUUAUAACGAGAAAGUAGCAUUCGUCGACAAUACGGCUAAAUGCCGUAAUAAUUAAUUAUAUCUAACGUAGCAUUCGUUUGUGUUAUAAAAGUUAUUGCGUAAACUGUAUAACAAAAAUAAAGGAUCUAUAGUUUAGCUUUAAGCUAUGUACUGCUGAUACUUUUUUAUAGACUUAUGUUAAACGUUGUAAAACCAAUGUAAUAAAAUAUU